GUCAUAGUUUUCUUUCUGUUAAUUGCUAGCAACCCAAAAUCCGACCCCGAAAACUCCGAUACUUGUCUUUUCGGAGCAGCGGCCGGCGGCACCGCCCACCACCGGAGGCAGCGGCUUCACCGGAGCAGGGAUGGAGGACAUGAGCACGCAGGUUGUAUCUCCUGCAGCGGCUGGCGUGAUGAGUGAAGUGGCUGUCCUAGUGAAUGCGCUGUCUAUUGUCAUCGAUCUUGGGCCACUCUUCGUCUUGCUUUUUCCAACUGACUGGAAGGAAGUGAGCAAGUUCUUCAGCCUCAAAUCUUUCAUACUUAGCACCGUGAUGAACUUCUUUCUGGCUUCACAUGUGCUGUUCGAGAUUGAUGAGAAGGACAAACAUCGUGAUGUCUUGUUUGUGUCUGUGGUGGGCUUUUGCACUGCUACAGUUUUCGCUUUCUUUCUUCUGGCCCAUCGUGGUGUCAUGAAAAACAGUCGCUGGGCACGGUGCUGGAUGGCUUAUAUCCUGCUGUGCUUUGUUAUCGCUUGCCUUGUGCUUCUGGGUGGCAUUUUUGUAGAGUUUCAGGGUUAUGGCCCAAUCAUAAGUGUGUUGGGUUUCCUAGUGGUGCUUGUAUUGAAUGCUGCUACUGUGGCCCCAGUUCUGACUUGCAAGCCCUUACCUGAUGACGAAGUUACGUUCUACACUGUCUUCAUGUCGUUCUUGAAUGCCCUUGAUUCCAGCUUUUUUGUGUUUUACGCUGUCUGCCUCGGAACGUUUGGCCGCUUUCUGUCGCUAGUCAGUUUGAUGAAUGCUUUGGGUGCACUUAUACUACUCAUUGGACUGAUUGUGACUGCACUACUGAAAGGGCUACGUCGACUUCUCAACUUCAUUUUCAGCUUUGGUGGCCACCACAGGAACGACUGAACUGGGACCAAGAGAAUUUGGCUGGAUUAGGAGAACUACUUUGCUGAUGAAAACUAAUACGCUUGUCCGUGAAACAAAAUUUUGUAAUAAUAUGGCCACCCGACGAUCGGGAGAUGUCGCCGGUGUGCACUGUUUGCAGUUUUAUUCGUACGCUUUAUUUCUCACUUUUGUAGGAGAUAAGUUAAUAGUGCAACGGCAGAACCAUAUAUGGGUCAUACUUUCAGUGUUAUAUGCUGCAACUCUCUUCUAUCUCUGCCAAAAAAUAUAUGUUUGGGGCUGCAUUCUUUCGAUAAUUACGCCGGGAUUUGGCUUGUUUGUUCCUC